AUGAUACAGCGAGCCAUGGGCAGUGUCCGAGUCAACCGGUACAGCAUUGUCUCGACCGAAGAGGAUGGACACAAGUUCUCUGCACUGGGCAGCAUGAACGGGCACAGCCGGAACGGGAAGGGCCAUGCCCCCCGGCGGAAGCACCGCAACCGUUUUGUGAAGAAGAACGGCCAGUGCAACGUCUAUUUUGCCAACCUGAGCAACAAGUCUCAGCGCUACAUGGCUGACAUCUUCACCACCUGUGUGGACACACGCUGGCGGUACAUGCUUAUGAUCUUCUCUGCUGCCUUCCUGGUCUCCUGGCUCUUUUUUGGCUUCCUCUUCUGGUGUAUCGCUUUCUUCCACGGUGACCUCAAUGCACCAGUGGUGGGAGGUGGUCCCUCUCUCCUUAAGCCCUGCAUCAUGCACGUGAACAGCUUCCUAGGGGCUUUUCUUUUCUCAGUGGAGACACAGACAACCAUUGGGUACGGCUUCCGCUGCGUGACUGAGGAGUGCCCGUUGGCUAUCAUGGCUGUUGUGGUCCAGUCCAUCGUGGGCUGCGUUAUUGACUCCUUCAUGAUUGGUACUAUCAUGGCAAAGAUGGCAAGGCCCAAGAAGCGGGCACAGACCCUCCUCUUCAGUCACCAUGCGGUCAUCUCCGUGCGGGAUGGCAAACUGUGCCUCAUGUGGCGGGUGGGCAACCUGAGGAGGAGUCAUAUUGUGGAGGCCCAUGUCCGAGCCCAGCUCAUCAAGCCCUACAUGACAGAGGAAGGAGAAUACCUCCCCCUGGACCAGCGGGACCUAAAUGUGGGCUAUGAUGUGGGCCUUGAUCGUAUAUUUUUGGUCUCACCCAUUAUUAUCGUUCAUGAGAUUGAUGAGGAGAGCCCGCUCUAUGGGAUUGGCAAGGAGGAGCUGGAGACGGAGAACUUCGAGAUUGUUGUUAUCCUGGAGGGGAUGGUGGAAGCCACAGCCAUGACCACACAGGCACGAAGCUCUUACCUUGCUAGUGAAAUCCUUUGGGGUCAUCGUUUUGAACCGGUUGUGUUUGAGGAGAAGAACCACUACAAAGUGGAUUAUUCACGCUUUCAUAAGACCUACGAGGUAGCCGGCACGCCUUGCUGCUCAGCCCGGGAGCUGCAAGAAAGCAAGAUGACUAUCCUACCUUCUCCCCCACCUCCCAGUGCCUUCUGCUAUGAGAAUGAGCUGGCUCUUGUCAGUCAAGAUGAAGAUGAAGACGAUGAUGAAGUGGGUGUGGUGUUAGGAGGCAGCACCAAGGAGGAGGGAGGCGUCAUCCAGAUGAUGGAUUUUGGAAGCCACCUGGACCUGGAGCGGCUCCAGGCAACUCUGCCCCUAGACACAAUCUCAUACCGUAGGGAGUCGGCCAUCUAACCCCUCCAGCCUCCCCAUUCCACACCUGCCACCCACCACCUCCUCCUCCGUUCUGCACCUGUACGUAGCUGGAUAAGUCCCUUACCCACCAAAAAACGCCUCCUGUGACUGUCUCUCAGCCCCUGAGUACCUCAAGGCCUGGAGCUGCUCUGAUAUACUCCCUUUUCCAUGAAGUCAUACUGCCUAGAGGAGGAGUGAGGAUACACUGCUCUUCCCGUGUGUGCAGCUUGUGCUAUGACCCCUUUCCUACCCAGAGACAGGA